UAGAUCUAUACUCUUGAAGUAUAUAAUCAUUAAAAAAUAAAUAGUCGUUCCUGCAUCGUCCGUGAAUAGUUUCCGUAUCGAUUUCUUCUCGAUUUGUCUAUAAUGGAACCAAAUCCAGUUAUUAUUGCUGCUACAGCCAAACAAACAGCUUCUCUUAUCUUUUUACAUGGACUUGGAGACACUGGUCAUGGAUGGGCUAGCACAAUUGCUGCCAUUAGAGGACCUCAUAUUAAAGUUAUAUGUCCAACAGCAUCAACUAUGCCUGUGACACUCAAUGCAGGUUUCAGGAUGCCUUCUUGGUUCGACUUAAGAACUUUAGAUGCUACUGCUCCCGAAGAUGAAGAAGGAAUAGUAAAUGCAACUACGCUUAUUCAUCGACUUAUAUCUGAUGAAGUUAAAGCCGGUAUUCCAGCUGGCAGAAUAUUACUGGGUGGGUUUUCCCAGGGUGGUGCAUUAGCUCUCCAUGCUGCUCUUACAUACUCAGAACCACUUGCUGGAGUAAUGUCUCUUUCAUGUUGGCUACCAAGACAUGCUCAUUUUCCUGAUUGUGUGAAGGCUCCAAAAGAAUUACCAAUAUUCCAAGCGCAUGGUGACUGUGACCCAGUAGUACCAUACAAGUGGGGACAAAUGACUGCAUCAUUCCUGAAAACAUUUAUGAAGAAUAUUGAAUUUAAUACAUACCAAGGAUUGUCACACAGCUCUUCUGAUGCAGAACUGAAAGACAUGAAAGUAUUUAUAGAGAAAACUUUGCCAGCUGUAAAAUAAAUAUAAGAACAAAUCAUGUACUUACAAAAUAAAAUAAUUUUAUAUUUAAAAAAAUAACUAUGUUGUACAUUGUGGUUCUUAGUUUAAGUAUGUAAUAGGUUCCAAAGGUUAAGUAGAGUAUUUGAAAUGCUCUAGGAUUUAGAUGUUAAAUUAAAUACACAUAAUACUUUUAUUCCGUAUCAAUCUCUGAGCAUUUUUAUUUUCAGAAGAAAAUAUUAGUAAUC